AUGAAAUUAAUUUCAAUAGUGUUCAUUUUUUUUGUGUUAACAUAGGUGAUAUCUUAAGUGGAUCUUUCAAAAGAGGAAGAAGAAAACAAAAGUAUUGAAUAAAUCACAGGAUUUAAAAAUAAAGGUUAAGAUGAGGGUUAAUCAGAAAGAAAAGCAUUAAAAAGAGAAAGUGAAGAAGAAGGUACAUCAGAAAGAAAAGCAUUAAAAAGAGAAAGUGAAGAAGGUACAUCAGAAAGAAAAGCAUUAAAAAGAGAAAGUGAAGAAGAAGGUACAUCAGAAAGAAAAGCAAUGAAAAGAGAAAGUGAAGAAGGUACAUCAGAAAGAAAAGCAUUAAAAAGAGAAAGUGAAGAAGAAGGUACAUCAGAAAGAAAAGCAAUGAAAAGAGAAAGUGAAGAAGAAGGUACAUCAGAAAGAAAAGCAUUAAAAAGAGAAAGUGAAGAAGAAGGUACAUCAGAAAGAAAAGCAAUGAAAAGAGAAAGUGAAGAAGAAGGUACAUCAGAAAGAAAAGCAUUAAAAAGAGAAAGUGAAGAAGAAGGUACAUCAGAAAGAAAAGCAAUGAAAAGAGAAAGUGAAGAAGAAGGUACAUCAGAAAGAAAAGCAUUAAAAAGAGAAAGUGAAGAAGAAGGUACAUCAGAAAGAAAAGCAAUGAAAAGAGAAAGUGAAGAAGAAGGUACAUCAGAAAGAAAAGCAUUAAAAAGAGAAAGUGAAGAAGAAGGUACAUCAGAAAGAAAAGCAAUGAAAAGAGAAAGUGAAGAAGAAGGUACAUCAGAAAGAAAAGCAUUAAAAAGAGAAAGUGAAGAAGAAGGUACAUCAGAAAGAAAAGCAAUGAAAAGAGAAAGUGAAGAAGAAGGUACAUCAGAAAGAAAAGCAUUAAAAAGAGAAAGUGAAGAAGAAGGUACAUCAGAAAGAAAAGCAAUGAAAAGAGAAAGUGAAGAAGAAGGUACAUCAGAAAGAAAAGCAUUAAAAAGAGAAAGUGAAGAAGAAGGUACAUCAGAAAGAAAAGCAAUGAAAAGAGAAAGUGAAGAAGAAGGUACAUCAGAAAGAAAAGCAUUAAAAAGAGAAAGUGAAGAAGAAGGUACAUCAGAAAGAAAAGCAAUGAAAAGAGAAAGUGAAGAAGAAGGUACAUCAGAAAGAAAAGCAUUAAAAAGAGAAAGUGAAGAAGAAGGUACAUCAGAAAGAAAAGCAUUAAAAAGAGAAAGUGAAGAAGAAGGUACCUAAGAAUAAAAUAGUUAAUCCACAAGAGCAAAUUUAGAAUUAGAAAUUAACAGUGAAUAAACAAUGACAGUAAAUUAAAACAGUUCAGAAUAAAUACUGCUUAUAUUAUCAAUGAUUAUCUAUAUUUUAUAAUGA